AUGGACGCGAUUCAAAAGACCCUCGUCGAUCCCCUCCAGCCGUACCUCCGCCCUGUCGUCUCGGCGGUCCCGCAACCUGUCCACGAUACGAUUGUUUCCCUGAUCGGCCCAAGCUGCCACAACACGCUCCUCGUCAACCUUGACCUCGCGCAGAACCCCGAGUGCACCUCGUUGGCUAUCUCCAAGGCUCUGGGAAUUGGUAUUGUCGGCGCCAGUGGGAUCGUCAAGGUUCCCCAGAUUCUGAAGCUGAUCCGAUCCGGAUCCUCCUCCGGCGUGUCCUUUGUGUCCUACGCCCUCGAGACCGCCAGCUUGCUCAUCACCCUUUCCUACGGAGUGCGAAACGAGUUCCCGUUCAGCACCUACGGUGAAUCUGCCUUCAUUGCGGCUCAAGAUGUGAUCGUGGGAGUGUUGGUCCUGACAUAUGCUGGCCGUUCCGCGGCGGCCGCUGCGUUCAUUGCGGUCGUGGCUGCAAGUAUCUACGCUUUAUUGGGUGACACUUCUAUCGUUGACGCCGGUUCCAUGGCGUAUCUCCAGGCUGGCGCCGGAGCUCUGGGUGUCGCCAGCAAGGUGCCCCAGAUAUUGACCAUCUGGCAGGAAGGAGGUACCGGACAGCUCAGUGCUUUCGCGGUCUUCAACUACCUUGCCGGCUCUCUGUCGCGUAUUUUCACCACCCUCCAGGAAGUUGACGACAAGCUCAUUCUGUACGGAUUCCUUGCCGGUUUCUCCCUGAACCUCAUUCUCGCCGCGCAGAUGCUGUACUACUGGAACAGCCCCGCGCAGUCCAAGAAGCAACAGACAGCACAACCGAAACCAAAGAAAGCUCAGCGCAAGCCCGAGGCCGCUCCAGCGACCAGAAGAACAGCAGCCUCUCCAUCCCCGAAGCCGUCCAACAAGACACCCACCACUCGCCGACGCGGUUAG